AUGCACUGUGGGCUGCUCGAAGAGCCUGAUAUGGAAUCCACAGAGAGCUGGAUUGAAAGGUGCCUGAAUGAAAGCGAGAGCAAACCCUAUUCCAGCCACACAUCCCUGGGGAACAUGUCCACAGAUGAAAACGAAGAGAAGGAAAAUAACCGGGCAUCUAAACGUCAUUCCACACCUGCAACUUUACAAUGGUUGGAGGAGAACUAUGAGAUUGCUGAGGGUGUGUGUGUCCCUCGCAGUGCACUUUACAUGCACUAUCUAGACUUCUGUGAGAAGCAUGGCACUCAGCCUGUCAAUGCUGCCAGUUUUGGGAAGAUAAUAAGACAGCAGUUUCCUCAGUUAACGACACGAAGGCUGGGAACCAGGGGCCAAUCAAAGUACCACUACUAUGGCCUAGCAGUGAAGGAGAGCUCACAGUACUAUGAUGUGAUGUACUCCAAGAAGGGUGGCGCCUGGGUAAACGAGACAGGCAAGAAAGAGGUUACCAAGCAGACAGUGGCGUAUUCACCCCGCUCCAAACUGGGCACUCUGCUGCCAGAAUUUCCAAAUGUCAAAGACCUAAAUCUGCCUGCCAUUCUGCCAGAACAGAAGGUUUCAACGUUUAUCAUGAUGUACAGAACUCACUGCCAGAGAAUACUAGACACCGUCAUACGAGCCAAUUUUGAUGAGGUCCAGAGCUUCCUGUUGCAUUUUUGGCAAGGCAUGCCUCCACACAUGCUGCCUGUCUUGGGCUCAUCUACUGUAGUAAACAUUGUAGGUGUGUGUGACUCCAUCUUAUACAAAGCCAUUUCAGGAGUCCUCAUGCCCACAGUCCUGCAGGCCCUGCCUGAUAGCCUGACUCAGGUCAUCAGGAAAUUUGCUAAACAGCUUGAUGAGUGGUUGAGGGUGGCUCUGCACGAUCUGCCCGAGAACCUGCGCAACAUCAAGUUUGAAUUGUCUAGAAGAUUCUCCCAGAUCCUUAAGCGGCAAACGUCAUUAAAUCAUCUUUGUCAGGCGUCACGGACUGUGAUCCACAGUGCAGAUAUCACCUUUCAGAUGCUGGAGGACUGGAGGAAUGUAGAUCUGAACAGCAUCACUAAGCAGACACUUUACACGAUGGAGGACUCGCGGGAGGACCAGAGACGACUCAUAAUCCAAUUGUAUCAGGAGUUUGACCGGCUUCUAGAGGAUCAGUCUCCCAUUGAAGCAUACAUCGAGUGGCUGGACUCUAUGGUGGACAGAUGUGUUGUACGGGUGGCAGGGAAGAGACCUGGAUCCUUGAAGAAGGUUGCUCAGCAGUUUCUUCUCAUGUGGUCCUGUUUUGGGACAAGAGUGAUCCGGGACAUGACGCUGCACAGCGCCCCCAGCUUCGGCUCAUUCCACUUGAUUCAUCUGAUGUUUGAUGACUAUGUGCUGUACUUGCUGGAGUCACUGCACUGCCAGGAAAGAGCCAAUGAGCUGAUGAGAGCCAUGAAGGGAGAGGGAACGACAGCAGACAGUAGUGAGGAUAUGAUGCUAAAUGAGAGCACCUCCGUGUCCCCUGAACCCUACUCUCCUGCAAAGUCAGUGCCUUCAGUGGGAACGGUACCAGUAGCCACCAGCACCCCAACAUCAGCCCAGUCCCCAGAAUACAACAGUGUGUCUAUUACCUCAGGAGCUCUUCAGUCAUAUACAUGGUCCCUUACAUACACAGUGACCACGUCAGGAGGCAAUCCCCCCGACGGAGGAUCCCAGCUGUCCUGUAUGCGUAGCAGCGCCCCAGUGCACCCUACCUCGUCUGCACACCGGAUGCAAGUCUACCCAUACAGAGACGAGCAUGGCUACACGGGAAGCUACAACUACAGCAGCUACACAAACCAGCAUCAUCAUGCCAUUCAGAGCCAGUAUCCAAGUCUGCCCCAUGAUGCAGGCCUCCCCACCCCACUGCACUAUUCCUCUUACCACCGUUCCUCUGCACAGUACUCACUGAACAGCCCAAUGUCCCGCAUGGAGCCAUGUCUGAUGGGUGGUACUCCUCGGCUGCAUGCAACCCCAAUGACCCCCCGCUGGCCAGAUGUUCCCUCAGCCAACAGCUACUCCAGCACUCCUAUGCACUCAACACGCUAUGCCUCUACAGGGGACAUGUACUCCUCUUUAACACCACGAAGGAACUCUGAAUAUGAGCAUGCACAACACUUUCCUGGCUUUGCCUAUAUUAGUGGGGAAGCUACUACAGGGUGGGCCAAAUAG